AUGGACCCGCUACAUUGCUCUGUUGUUGUAUGUUAUCAACCAGCACCCACACCGUACAUCCUUGACACUAUCGCACCCUACGAAUACAAUGAUCAACAGCCAUCGUAUACGCCGUUGCUGCAAUCCGUUUUCGGAAAAGUCUUUAUACAUUCAAAUCCAACAGAUGCCCUGGAACAAGUAAAACAGCAUGAAUCACCCACCAUUUUAUUGCUUGAUCUCGAUGCCACCACCAUCAUCAAUGACGAUAAUGACGAUGAUACUGUAUAUACCCCUUCAUGCUCUUCGUCAUGCUCCACAGCCUCUUCUUCUUCAGCCGCUGUCAAUGAUACCCGUAUCGCAUGGAUCAGAAAAUCAAGUCGUGAAUUGGAUCAACAUUCGAUCGAUGUCCCUAUCAUAGCUUGUUCUACCAACGAUGAUACCGCAUUCAUGCUCGAUUGUAUCCAUGCAGGUGCUGUGGAUUAUUUACUCAAACCGCUCCAUAUGGAUGUCAUCAAGACUAUGUUCCUGAAACUGCACAGAUCCCGACAUGAUUCAAAAAUGCACCAAGGUACAACAACAACAGCACCUGCACCGCCCUUUUUAUCCAACAAGACGACUACAUCACCAACAACAACAACGGGUUGUCAGGAUGGAAACAAUGAUGGCACCUCGACAUGUUUAUACCCUGACAAUCAUCCUUUGGAUAUCAAUGACGAUGGUCUUCAAGUGCGCAUCAAGGAAAUCUUUAACAAAGACGAUCGGUUCACCCAAUCUUUGAUGGCUAUCUAUGCUAAUCAACGCGUCCCACGCACAAGACAUCAUCGGGGAUUGUCAAGUGAACGAGCAUCAUUACUGAGACACAAGGUUUCCAGCUGGGAUUUCAAUCCUUUUGAGUUUGGGCGCGACGAUCUUAUCCAUUGCUCCUAUUUAAUCUUUGAACAAGUGCUGGUGUCACCUGAGUUACCGUACUCUUCCAUCACUAACGACCAAUUGUAUGAUUUCAUUGUUGAUCUCUCGGGUGCCUACCACAAUGGCAAUCCUUAUCACAACUUUGCCCAUGCUGUGGAUGUGCUCCAAUGUGUAUAUUAUUUUCUUUGUUCUUUGGGUGUGGUAUCCUUUGCCAACAGUAGUCACGUCAACAUGAUGGAACAAGAUCCCUUGUUACCGUCGCCACAGCAACGUACGCGUAUGCAACAUUUAUUACAGCCCAAACACGUCUUUGCUCUAUUGACUGCAGCCCUGGGUCACGAUGCUGCUCAUCCUGGUGUCAACAAUGUAUUCUUGGUAAACACAUCCUCUCCAUUGGCACUCCUCUUCAAUGACCGAUCGGUGCUCGAAAGUUUUCAUUCUAUGGCACUCUUUCAAAUCAUGAAGAAGCAUGGAUUUGAUCGUUUGGGUGAUGGUCCUGGUUCUACUGAUUAUCAAGAGUUUCGCAAGAUUGUAGUGUCAAGCAUUUUGGCAACCGACAUGUCGUUGCACGGCGACUAUGUGGAAAAGAUCAAGACGCAGGCGUCACGUUUAGCCAAUGUCAAUGUGCAUACGAUGGAUCCAGCUACACUUGAAAAUGAACGACUUUUGAUAUGCAGUGCAUUAAUCAAAUGUGCCGAUAUUAGCAAUGUGACACGGCCGUUUUUACGAGCGGUCAAGUGGGCCGAAUUGCUUGUGCAGGAAUGUGUUCAACAAGGUGAUCUGGAACGUGCUAUGGGCAUGCCGAGUGUACCGAUGAACGACCGUGACAAGGUGAUUCUCGAAGAUUCACAAAUUGGCUUUAUUAAAUUUGUGGCUCUGGAACUCUUUGACAGUGUUCGACAAGUCAUGCCUGAAAUGUCAUUUACGGUUGAAUACAUACGAGAGAAUUUAAAGCGAUGGGAGCAUCGAAAACAGUGUACAGCAGAAGAGCAACAACGACAACCACCACCCACAUCCACAACAACAACAACCACUUCAAGCAUGAUGACCAAAACCGAUCAUGUGAUGGUGGGAUGUAAACGACGAAGCAGCAGUUUGGAUUACAAGGCAGUUGAAGUCCUUCGAAAACGAUUAUCACUGGAAAAUGGACGACAUGUGGAUACCGUACGACGACGUGGAAGUGCCGGUUCGGUAACGGAUCGUCGGUUUUACAAGCUACAACCUGCAUAUGCACGUCUUGACCACGAGGUAACAACACCUGAGACAGCAGCAGCAGCAGCAUCCUCGCCUUCUUCAGAAUGGUCACACGAUGAUCCCGUGCAUUGUCAGUGCGCUAUCCAGUAA